GCGCCCAUAGGUUGCAUAGCACAUUAUCGACUGGGUAAUUUACUGACAGAAUGCUAUAACAUAUUGUAACGAACCUGGGUUUAUUAACGCGGAUAUCGACUCUGCCGCUUGAGCAUGCUUUUGGGGCACAGUCAAUAGCGCACUGGACUUCGGGAUAGAAGGGCGAGGGUUCGAGACCUGCUCUGCCUGUUUCAUUACAAUAUGAUGUAGUUAGCUGAUGCGUAAAAUAUCUUAUCUUUUUUUUUUUAUUAACAACAAAUCAAUACUGGAAGUACAUGUGGGAACAGAAGUGUAUAUAUUAAUAAUAUACAAAGGACAAUUGGGGUAGGGGGUCUUGAAAUACAGUUAAAUGUCUUUUUGUAAGGAGACCUCCAUCUUGGAAGAGUACAACAUUAACUGGACACAGAAGCUCGGGGCAGGGAUCAGUGGACCUGUUAGAGUUUGUGUGAAGAAGUCGACUCAGGAACGAUUGGCCCUGAAAAUCCUUAUUGAUCGUCCCAAGGCCCGAAAUGAGGUGCGGCUCCACAUGAUGUGUGCUACACACCCCAACAUCGUGCAGAUUAUGGAGGUGUACGCCAACAGUGUGCAGUUUCCUCACGAAUCCAGUCCAAGAGCGAGGUUACUGAUCGUCAUGGAGAUGAUGGAGGGAGGCGAGCUGUUCCACAGGAUCAGUCAGCACAGACACUUUACAGAGAAGAUGGCUAGCCAGGUCACCAAACAGAUCGGCCAGGCCCUGGAACACUGUCACUCAUUGAAUAUUGCUCAUCGAGACCUGAAACCAGAGAACCUGCUCUUCAAGGAUAACUCCCUGGAUGCACCGGUGAAGUUGUGCGAUUUUGGAUUUGCAAAGAUUGACCAGGGGGACUUGAUGACCCCACAGUUCACUCCUUACUACGUUGCACCUCAAGUACUUGAGGCUCAAAGGCGACACCAGAAGGAAAAGUCUGGAAUAAUACCUACCUCACCCACCCCUUACACCUAUAACAAGAGCUGUGACCUGUGGUCCAUUGGGGUGAUCAUCUAUGUGAUGCUCUGUGGCUACCCUCCCUUCUACUCCAAGCACCAGAGCCGCACCAUCCCCAAGGAUAUGCGCAAAAAGAUCAUGACGGCCAGCUUUGACUUCCCCGAGGACGAGUGGAGCCAGAUCUCUGAAAUGGCCAAGGACAUUGUCCGCAAGUUGCUGAAGGUGAAGCCUGAGGAGAGGCUGACCAUUGAGGGUGUACUGGAACACCCCUGGCUCAACUGCACAGAGGCCCUGGACAACGUGCUGCCCUCCGCACAGAUGAUGAUGGACAAGGCAAUGGUAGCAGGGAUCCAGCAGGCCCAUGCUGAACAGCUGGCUAACAUGAGAAUACAGGACCUCAACAUCAGCCUCAAGCCACUCAACUCAGUCAAUAACCCCAUCCUGAGGAAGAGGAAACUCCUAGGCAGCAAGCAGAGAGAUGGCUUCUUCAUCCACGAUCCAGAGAACGGCGGCGAGGACGCCAAUGUGGCCCUGGAGAAACUCAGAGACGUCAUCGCUCAGUGUAUCCUCCCACAGGCUGGGGAGAAUGAGGACGAGAAACUGAAUGAGGUGAUGCAUGAUGCGUGGCGUUUCAACCGAGACUGCAAACUACUGCGAGACGGGCUGCAGGGCCUCAGCUGGGAUGGACGGGCCUUCUCUGACAAAGUGGAUCGCUUGAAGUUGGCUGAAGUAGUGAAACUGGCCAUAGAGGAAAAGACACAUUUACAAGACUCUCAGUAGCUUUUAUUUAUGUCUCCUUUUGUAUUGUUUAUUCUAACAUUUUUUUUAAGCCAAUGACUGUAGAGGCAUUUUUAUGUAAAUUAACACGCUAAAACUAGGAUUUUUUUUAAAGAACUCACUUGCAAGACUAUUGUACUGUAGAUAUAUUGAAAAGAGGCCUUGUUGGCACUAUAUUUUUUUAUGAACAACUGCAAAGAAUAAAAAAAUCCUUAUAUUUUUGUAAAAAAGAAGAGGAAAAUCACAAAAAUAUUAUUUUCUGUUAUAAUUUCCAAUUUUUACAAGCUGCUUGUCCUGGAUGUCCAUGAUGAUGUUUUAAUCUCACUCGUUUUUAUUUCAUUUGAUUCUUAUUCCUUUACCUUUUUAACAAUGCUACAAAUUGUAUUUAUUUCACAAAGAAACCCUUAUUUUUGAUCAUGAAGCCUGAUGUUUGAUCAUUCUGUCAAUUGAACAAUAUGGUUCUCUAAAGCAGACAGAAGAACUAGGCUUAGACUUGGGUUGUUCCCCCACUGGGUGGUAAGUGGUCCAGGGGGGAGGGAGAGGGACCUCAGUGGAAGUGUGAGGGUCUCCUGUUUAGCUCCAGUAGUUCGCUGAGAUUACUGCUGUUGUACCUUGAAGCUGCUCUGCUUCAAACUAGAUAUCAGCAACAGUCAACUUUAUUACGUAAUGUGCAAUAGUAAUUUAAAGCAUGUGCAUAAUUUGUACAUAGGUUCUAUAUACAUAAAUGUUCUAAAAUACACAAUGCCCAAAAGUAUGUGCACACCUGCUCGUUGAACAUCCCAUUACAAAAUCAUGGGCAUUAAUAUGGAGCUGGUCCAAAUAGCCUGUCUUCAGUUGCAACACUCACUACUAAGUUCCAAACUACCUCUGGAAGCAAAGUCAGCGCAAGAACUGUUCGUCCGUCGGGAGCUUCAUGAAAUGGGUUUCCAUGGCCGAGCAGCCAUACACAAGCCUAAGAUCACCAUGUGCGAUGCCAAGCGAUUGGCUGGAGUGGUCUAAAGCUCGCCGACACUGGAGCAGUGGAAAUGUGUUCUCUGGAGUGAUGAAUCAUGCUUCACCAUCUGGCAUGAAUCAUGUUUCACCAUCUGGCAGUCCGAUGGGUGAAUCUGGGUUUGGCGGAUGCCAGGAGAGCGCUACCUUCCAAAAUGCAUAGUGCCAACUGUAAAGUUUGGUGGAGGCGGAAUAAUGGUCUGUGGCUGUUUUUCACGGUUCGGGCUAGGCCCCUUAGUUCCAUUGAAGGGAAGUCUUAACGCUACAGCAUACAAUGACAUUCUAGAGGAUUCUGUGCUUCGAAAUGGUUUGUCGAGAUCGGUGUGGAAGAACUUGAAUGGCUUGCACAGAGCCCUGACCUCAACCCCAUCGAACACCUCUGGGAUGAAUUGCAACACCGUCUGCGAGCCAGGCCUAAUCGCCAAACAUCAGUGCCGGACCUCACUAAUGCUCUUGUAGUUUAAUGGAAGCAAAUCUCUACAGCAAUGUUCCAACAUCUAGUGGAAAGCCUUCCCAGAAGAGUGGAGGCUGUUAUAGCAGCAAAGGGGGGAGCAACUCAAUUUUAAUGCUGAUGAUUUUGGAAUGAGAUGUUUGACAAGCAGGUGUUCACAUACUUUUGGUCUAGUAGUGUAUAUUUAUGUAUGUAAAGUCUUAUUUAUGGCUAACAUGGACUCUCAGACCACAGGGUCAAGAGCUUAGAGAACACUAAACAAGACUGAUAAAAAAUGCAAUGUAGGUUUUCUACUACAGUACUUGAUUAUUUGUUACUUGUAUGUAUGGUAUAAUAUCUUAAAAUGUUUAAACAUUUUCAAAUGUUCAGUACCAGUCAAAAGUUUGGACACACCUGCUCAUUCAAGGGUUUUUCUUUAUUUGUACUAUUUUCAAGAUUGUAGAAUAAUAGUGAAGACAUCAAAACUAUGAAAUAACACAUAUGGAAUCAUGCAGUAACCAAAAAAGUGUUAAAACAAAUCAAAAUAUUUGUUAUUUUAGAUUAUUCAAAGUAGCCACCCUUUGCCUUGAUGACUUUGCACACUCUUGGCAUUCUCUCAACCAGCUUCACAUGGGAUGUUUUUCCAACAGUCUUGAAGGAGUAGCCACAUUCUGAGCACUUGUUGGCUGCUUUUCCUUCACUGGAGUGCUUCAUCAUCUGAUGCAGCGCUCCAUCCAUCACUCCUUCUUUGUCAAAUUGCCCUUACACAGCCUGGAGGUGUGUUGGGUCAUUGUCCUGUUGAAAAUCAAAUGAUAAUCCCACUAAGCGCACAACAGAUGGGAUGGCGUAUCGCUGCAGAAUGCUGUGGUAGUCAUGCUGGUUAAGUGUGCCAUGAAUUCUAAAUAAAUCACUGACAGUGUCACCAGCAAAGCACCAUCACAACACCUCCAUGCUACACGGUGGGAACUACCUAUGCGGAGAUCAUCCGUUCAUCUACUCUACGUCUCACAAAGAUACGGUGGUUGGAACCAAACAUAUCACAUUUUGACUUAUCAGAACAAAGGACAGAUUUCCACCAGUCUAAUGUCCAUUGCUAGUGUUUCUUGCCCAAGCAAGUCUUCUUAUUGGUGCCCUUUAGUAGUGGUUUCUUUGCAGCAAUUUGACCAUGAAGGCCUGCUUCACGCAGUCUGAACAGUUGAUGUUGAGAUGUGUCUGUUACUUGAACUCUGAAGCAUUUAUUUGGGCUGCAAUUUCUAAGGCUGGUAACUCCAAUGAACUUAUCCUCUGCUGCAGAGGAUAACUCUGGGUCUUCCUUUCCUGUGGUGGUCCUCAUGAGAGCCAGUUUCAUCAUAGCGCUUGAUGGUUUUUGCGACUGCACUUGAAUAAACUUUCAAAGUGCUUGAAAUGUUCCUGAAUGACUGUUCUUCAUGUCUUAAAGUACUGAUGGACUGUCAUUUCUCUUUACUUAUUUAAGCUGUUCUUCCCAUAAUAUGGACUUGGUCUUUUACCAAAUAGGGCUAGCUUCUGUAUACCACCCCAACCUUGUCACAACACAACUCAUAGGCUCAAACGCAUUAAGAUGGAAAGAAAUAACACAAAUUAACUUUGAACAAGGCACACGUGUUAAUUAAAAUGCAUUCCAGAUUACUAUGAAGCUGGUUGAGAGAAUGCCAAGAUUGUGCAAAGCUGUCCUCAAGGAAAAUGGUGGCUACUUUGAAGAAUCUCAAAUAUAAAAUAUAUUUUGAUUUGUUUAACACUUUUUUUUGUUGGGGUUACUACAUGACUAUAUGUGUUAUUUCAUAGUUUUUAUUUCUUCAUUGUGAUUCUACAUUGUAGAAAAUGGUAAAAAUGAAGAAAAACCCUUGAAUGAGUAUGUGUCCAAACAUUUGACUGGUACUGCAUACAGUUGAAGUCAAAAGUUUACAUACACCUUAGCCAAAUACAUUUAAACUCAGUUUUUCACAAUUCCUGACAUUUAAUCCUAGCAAAAAUUCCCUCUUCGGUCAGUUAGGAUCACCACUUUAUUUUAAGAAUGUGAAAUGUCAGAAUAAUAGUAGAGAUUUAUUUCAGCUUUUAUUUCUUUCAUCACAUUCCCAGUGGGUCAGAAGUUUACAUACACUCGAUUAGUAUUUGGUAGCAUUGCCUUUAAAGUGUUUAACAUGGGCCAAACGUUUCGGGUAGCCUUCCACAAGCUUCCCAGAAUAAAUUGGGUGAAUUUUGCCCCAUUUCUCCUGACAGAGCUGGUGUAACUGAGUCAGGUUUGUAGGCCUCCUUGCUCGCACACGCUUUUUCAGUUCUGCCCACAAAUGUUCUAUAGGAUUGAGGUCAGGGCUUUGUGAUGGCCACUCCAAUACCUUGACUUUGUUGUGCUUAAGCCAUUUUGCCACAACUUUGGAAGUAUGCUUGGGGUCAUUGUCCAUUUGGAAGACCCAUUUGCGAUGAAGCUUUAACUUCAUGACUGAUGUUUUGAGAUGCUGCUUCAAUAUAUCCACAUCAUUUUACUUCUUCAUGAUGCCAUCUAUUUUGUGAAAUGCACCUGUCCAUCCUGCAGCAAAGCACCCCCACAACAUAAUGCUGCCAAUUCCCGUGCUUCACCGUUGGGAUGGUGUACUUCGGCUUGCAAGCCUCCCCCUUUUUCCUCCAAACAUAACGAUGGUCAUUAUGGCCAAACAGUUCUAUUUUUGUUUCAUCAGACCAGAGGACAUUUCUCCAAAAAGUACAAUCUUUGUCCCCAUGUGCAGUUGCAAACCGUAGUCUGGCUUUUUUAUGGCGGUUUUGGAGCAGUGGCUUCUUCCUUGCUGAGCAGCCUUUCAGGUUAUGUCGAUAUAGGACUCGUUUUACUGUGGAUAUAGAUACUUUUGUACCCGUUUCCUACAGCAUCUUCACAAGGUCCUUUGCUGUUGUUCUGGGAUUGAUUUGCACUUUUUGCACCAUAGUACAUUCAUCUCUAGGAGACAGAACGCGUCUCCUUCCUGAGCGGUAUGACGACUGCGUGGUCCCAUGGUGUUUAUGCUUGCGUACUAUUGUUUGUACAGAUGAACGUGGUACCUUCAGGCGUUUGGAAAUUGCCCCCAAGGAUGAACCAGACUUCUGGAGGUCUACAAUUUUUUUCUGUCUUGGCUGAUUUCUUUUGAUUCUCCCAUGUCAAGCAACGAGGCACUGAGUUUGAAGGUAGGCCUUAAAAUACAUCCACAGGUACACCGCCAAUUGACUCAAAUGAUGUCAAUUAGCCUAUCAGAAGCUUCUAAAUCCAUGACAUCAUUUUCUGGAGUUUUCCCAGCUGUUUAAAGGCACAGUCAACUUAGUGUAUGUAAACUUCUGACCCCCUGGAAUUGUGAUACAGUGAAAUGAUCUAUCUGUAAACCAUUGUUGGAAACAUUACUUGUCAUGCACAAAGUAGAUGUCCUAACCGACUUGCCAAAACUAUAGUUUGUUAUUAACAAGACAUUUGUGGAGUGGUUGAAAAACAAGUUUUAAUGACUCCAACCUGAGUGUAUGUAAACUUCAGACUUCAACUGUACAUUUGAACCUUCCUAUGGACUUAAGUCUUAGCAUUAUUUGCGCAUUGUGCCCCUUGCAGGCACUUCCACUGAGGUGAAUAACAUUAGGAAAUAAAUCAUUUAGAUUUUCUUCUUAA